AUGGCUAGGAAGGAUGAAGCUAAAAUCAAAGCUUUAUCGGAGGACCUUCAGAAAGAAAAAGAUCAUUCUCGCAAGCAAAGCCAAAAGAUAGAGAAGCUUUUGACUCGAUGCAUGCAACGUCAAAUGAGCGCCGACGAAGCUUCCUCCUUGCUGGAAGAUAUUCGCGCUGAGGUGGUGAACCUUACAACUCAAAAUGAUAUUUAUGUUUCUGAGAACUCCAUCCUUAAUGAAAAGGCCGAGACCCUUUGCUUGCAAGUGGACCGUCUGUCAGUUGAAUGCUCCCGUCACGAGGAACUGAACCUCCAUCUCCACAAUGACAACCUGCGCCUUAAGUCAGAGCUUCAACGGGUCUCUAAUUCUCUUACUACCUCGGGGAUCCUCUAUUCUUCGUCGAUAUCCAACUAUAAGAAACUGGAGGAAGAUUACGAUCGAGUGAUCAAAAGAAAAACCGAGCUCGCAGCUACUCUUCGUAGGUCUCGGAACACUGUGGAUGGUCUAAACGAGGAGGUUGAUUGUUUGAAUAAAAAGGUGGAACUCUUGCAAGCUAAAUUGGCCACUUCCUCUCGUCCAAAACCUGCGAAAUCCUCUCCUCCGAUCAAGCCUGCAAGUUUCCGUGGAAAAGGCGUUAUCGCCAUUCAGUCUGACAAGAGCACUUUGAAAUCUCCUCAUGGUGAAGGUUGGGAUAGAAUGUAUCAUGAGUUAUGUGUUCAACUUGAAGAUUCCAACCUCAAAGUUGCCAAGCUCGAUCAUCUAUACUCUGAUGUUCAUAAAUCAGAUGAUCGUCAUAAGAGUCAGGUCCUUCGUAUCACCAGGGAGAGAGAUGAAGCUCGUGGUGACGUUUCUCGUCUUAAUAAGGAGAUUGAGAGUCUAAAUGAUAAUAUAGACGAGAUCAUCGAUUCUUCCAAGAAGCCUCAGGAUGAAGUUGUUGAUCCUACCAACGAGGAAUUGUCUCUUGAUGACGACGAGGAACCAAAAGUUGACACCGCGAAGGACAAUGAGGGGUCCAAGGGAGCUUCUACUAGCAUUACCGAGGCAGGUGGCGAGAUCCCUGAGUCAACCAUCAUCAAUAGUGACAUUCCUGUAGCAGUUUUAGUUUUGUCUUCUCUCGUCUCAGAUUAG